AUGGCGCAACAGCAUCUUCACUUGGCUUUCAAGCAGAGUAACGCGAGUAUCUACGUUUACGAUCAUGGCCCAUCCUCCGGCAAACAUUUUGCUGUCGGCGAUCGUAUUGUCGAUAUCGACGGAAAAUUAUUCAGUAAAGCGGUGGAUGUGCGCGAUCAAAUCCUGUGGUCUCGCCACAACAAAGUUAGCAGCUGCACAUGA